CCUGGAGAAAAAAAAAAAAAAAUUCAUGUCCAUUACUCAUAAAUCAGGUAUUUCCUUCUCGGCAAAUAUAAAUGGAGGGGUUUUUGGGAGGCAUGAGGUGUGAGUAAGCCAGUAAAAAAAAAAAAAAAAGGGAAAUCCAGUUUAUUGUGUGUAUCGAUCAGUUUUCUGGGCAAAAUGGGCUUCAACGAUGAUGAGAAGAUUGUUACCCCUCAAGACUCAGGGUCAAAACCAACAGCAAUCGUGCCUGGAAGAGUACAGCUGAUAAGCAUAAAUAAAAAUAUGGUACCACUUGAAGAAAACAAACUCAGGGUGAUGCUGGAGAUCACUGGUGGAGAUUCAAGCAAUGACAGGCCCGGAUUGGAUCUUGUGGCGAUAUUAGAUGUCAGCGGAAGCAUGAAAGGAGAAAAGAUAGCAAAAGUGAAAACUGCCAUGCUAUUUGUGAUCAAGAAACUUAGCCCCAUUGAUCGUUUGUCUGUUGUAACAUUCUCCAAAGAUGCUGCAAGGUUGUGCCCAUUGCGCCAGAUAACUGAAAGUUCUCAAAGGGAACUUGAAAAUCUGAUCAAUGGUUUAAAUGCCGACGGUGCAACCAACAUCACUGCUGGCCUUCAAACUGGCUUAAAAGUGCUUAAUGACCGUAGACUUAGCGGUGGGCGUUCGGUUGGCAUCAUGCUUAUGUCCGAUGGUGAGCAGAACGCCGGUGGUGACGCUGCCCAGGUUUCGGUCGGCAAUGUGCCUGUACACACAUUCGGUUUUGGCAUAAAUCACGACCCAAGGGUGCUCAAGGCUAUCGCAGAUAAUAGCAUUGAAGGAACGUUCUCAGAAGUUCAAAACACAGACAACUUGAGCAUAGCCUUUUCCCAGUGUUUGGCCGGACUUCUCACCCGGGUUGUUGAGGACCUGAAGCUGACAGUCAAACGAAUUGAAGACGAAUCGACAAUAGAGCAGGUAAUUGCCGGAAGAUAUCCGCAAUCUAGGGACGAUUCUGCUGGCUCUGUAACUGUUACUUUUGGCGGUCUCUACGCCAAAGAGGUGCGCAAGGUCAUAGUGGACCUUCUUCUUCCGGCUGUUGAUCAGGAACGGGGCGCAGAUGUUCUCGAAAUUACUUACUUAUAUAGCUUUCAGGGAAAACCGUUUGAGGCCAACCCUGCGAUCCUCACUGUACGCCGCACCGGGAAAGCCGCAGAUCAAGAAGAAAGGCCGGAGGUGAAGAAUGAGGAGACCCGUCUCCUGACUGCAAGUAUGAUAAAAGAAGCAAGAGCUAUGGCUGACAGCAAUAAACUUGAAGAUGCUCGGGACAAGCUCGUUGAAGCGCAGAACUCUCUGGAGGAUGUGGAUGAUGAAUCUAACCCAUUGAUUGAGAUGCUGAGGUCCGAGCUGCAACAGCUCUUGAAAUUGAUGAAAUCACAAGAAAUCUACAAUAAGCAAGGGCGUCCUUUUGCACUCUCCUCUGAGACUUCCCAUGAUCGCCAGCGUUUCGCUUCAAGAGGUGAUGUGGAAAGCCUGCGACUAUUUUCCACUCCUCGUAUGGACAAAUACCUUGAGCAAGCCAAGUCGUUUGACGAGGAUCCCAGCAAGCCACUGCCCUCAGUGGAUGAUGAUGUGAAGGAAGAACUGGCUGCCAAUCCCCUUGCCCCCAUCGCUGGUGCUCUUAGCUUCUACAUUCAGUCGGCCAUUCAGUCUCUCCAAGCCAUUGAAAAGAUAAUCAAUAGAGGCAUUUGAUCACUUGGUUAUUUUUAAUUUGUGCUUUGCUUUUACGUUUCAAUAAGUUAAGAGGCCACUGUGUAUCUUGCCUAGGCAAAGCCAGCGGUUCUCUAUAUGGUUUUUGGGUUGUGCAAGCUCAUCGGUUUCCCCACAAUUAAGCUUUGAGUACCUAUAAAAUAAUGACAAAUAAUAAGUUUUAUGAAA